AUUACACAGCCUCCCUGCCCGCUCCACUCCCCACAUGUCUGGGUAUGACCACUUGCGUCUAAGUUUCAAGGUCAGUGUCCUGGGGAGUUUAAAUUAUAAUGAAAAAACAGAAGCCAGGCCAUUAGUGCUAUACAAGGUAGAGGUACUGGGUGCUAGUUGGGUAGGAGGGGUCCACUGCUCCAGUAGUCAUGGCUUGUCUCUUUAUCUAAUCAUGAGAUCAAAAACUGGUUAGAAAGUGGUUGUUACUAGAAGGACAGAAAAGAAGGGUUCCAGUCUCAAUGAAGAAGGGGUAGGUGAUGCUGGUAGGACCCACCCUUCCUCUCCCCAGUUAUUUUUGGUUUCUGUGACCUGUAGGUGUCCUGUUAGUAACAACAAGCUGCAGAAAUGAACACCAGGAAUCCAACAACCCGUUCCCCUUGUCUCUUUUGGCCUUUGAACCCCUCAGGGAUCCAGGCAUCUAGAUUCUAGUGGCCUCAGGAGCUUGGGCAGGUAUUUUGUUUGAGUCUCAUCUCAUUACCCUCUGCUCACUCUCAUCUGGACUUGCAACUCCUCAUUAAGUAAGUGAAUGUUUUCCUCUCCUGAACCAGUUUAUCCACCAGCAACCCCCCUGUACUUCUUACAUGCGGGUCCUGCUGCUGAAAUCUGGCCGAAUUGGCGUGCUAGAUGGACGGGAAACGGAAGCAGCCUCCCGAGGUCCCCGCGUCCUGCAUCUGAAUCGGCCUCCUAAAGUUUCCCCUUUACGCAUGCUCUCCACUCUAGGCCCGGGUCCAAUAGAGCAUUAGAACAAUGCUCUAAACCCUGCCCUGCUUUUCCGGCUUUGUCUCUGCUCAGGAGACCCUGCUCAGGAGUCACGCGUACACAUUGGCGAGCUACGCUAGGCUGACCAGGUGCUGACACUGGCAAUGAAAAAAUUGAUAAUCCACACGGAGAAUGGCUCGCCUCAAGGGUGGGGCCCAAACCCUGUGCUGCCCCGCGGCUCUUCCACCGACCGCCUGCCCACGCCCGGAUCUGUCCCGCCCAGGCCUCUGAUUCCUUACUAACAGUCAGCAGAGCCACGCCCCCAGGCGCUGGUCUCCCCAGCAAGCACCGGCCUGUUCACACCAACGUCGCCCUGGUAGGAGAAAAGCGCAGGCGCUUCACGCAGCCUCUCUGCAGCUUUCAAACCCUCGUCUGUACCUUCCUCUCUACCAGCCUUUCAUCCCCUGCGCGGCCCCAAGUCGUCCGUUCGCCCGGCUGGCUGGCUGGGUGGGUGGAGAGAGGUGGAGCGUCCUGAGCCCUGCUCCCGCGGGGGCUCUUACUAGUGGUGGCAGCUGUUAUCUCCCUGAUGGUGCGUAGGGCCGAGCCCCCCGACGGGGGCUGGGGCUGGAUGGUGGUGCUCUCAGCGUUCUUCCAGUCCGCGUUGGUGUUCGGGGUGCUCCGUUCCUUCGGGGUCUUCUUCGUGGAGUUUGUGGCGGCGUUUGAGGAGCAGGCAGCGCGCGUCUCCUGGAUCACCUCCAUAGGAAUCGCGGUGCAGCAGUUUGGGAGCCCAGUGGGCAGUGCCCUGAGCACGAAGUUUGGGCCCAGGCCCGUGGUGAUGGCUGGGGGCAUCUUGGCUGCGCUGGGGAUGCUGCUCGCCUCCUUUGCUACCUCCUUGACCCACCUGUACCUGAGUAUUGGGCUGCUCUCUGGCUGUGGCUGGGCCUUGACCUUCACUCCAACCCUGGCCUGCCUGUCCCGUUACUUCUCUCGCCGGCGAUCCCUGGCCACGGGGCUGGCACUGACAGGCGUGGGUCUGUCUUCCUUUGCCUUUGCCCCACUCUUCCAAUGGCUGCUCAGCCACUAUGGCUGGCGGGGUGCCUUACUGCUGGUGUCUGCCUUCUCCCUCCACCUGGUGGCCUGUGGUGCUCUCCUCCGCCCACUCUCCCUAACUGAGGACCCUGCCAUGGGAGGUCCUGGGAUCCAACUUGCCUUCCUUCUCCAUCAUGGUCCCUUCCUCCGUUACACUGUUGCCCUCACCCUGAUCAACACUGGCUACUUCAUUCCCUACGUGCACCUAGUGGCCCAUCUCCAGGACUUGGGUUGGGAUCCACUGCCUGCUGCCUUUCUACUCUCAGUGACUGCUAUUUCUGACCUUAUGGGGCGUGUGGUUUCUGGGUGGCUAGGGGAUGCAGUCCCAGGGCCUGUGGCACGACUUCUGAUGCUCUGGACUGCGCUGACUGGGGUGUCACUGGCCCUGUUCCCUGUGGCUAAUGCUCCCACAGCCCUGGUGACUCUGGCUGUGGCCUAUGGCUUCACAUCAGGGGCCCUGACCCCAGUGGCCUUCUCCGUGCUGCCUGAACUGGUGGGGCGUGGAAGGAUAUACUGUGGCCUUGGACUGAUGCAGAUGGUAGAGAGCAUCGGGGGGCUGCUGGGGGCUCCUCUGUCAGGCUAUCUUCGGGAUGUGACAGGCAACUACACAGCUUCUUUUGUGGUGGCUGGGGCCUUCCUUCUUGCAGGGAGUGGAGUUCUCAUCACUCUGCCGCACUUCUGCUCCUCAUCUACCUCCAAGUCUCAGGACCUUGUAAUAGAGGCACUGGAUACCAAAAUCCCUUUGCCCAAGGAAGGGCUGGGAGAGGACUGAACUCCAAAAAGGGGCUGUCAGAUCCAGAAAACCAGAGGUUGGCAGCUCCAGGUCUUCUCCUGCCCUAUCCUGAUGCCCCCAGAACCACAGUGCCUUAAGCAUCUGGAUCUAUCUUUUGCCACAGCAGGCGCGGGGCUCCUGUGAUGUGUGUGCCAACCCUUUGUA